CUCCGAAGCGUUUCCUCCGCAAGACGAGCCGUUCCCGCUUACUUCGAGACGAAGCAACAGCGGACUCGGAUUCCUCCGGUCAGUAAGCGACACAGAGCUCGGAUCCGGUCAGCGAGAGAAGCGGCGACGUUUGCGUUGUCGGCGGCGCCGGUGGCGGUGGCAGAGGAAUGGCCUACAGGUCGGAUGACGACUACGACUACCUCGUCAAGGUUGUGCUCAUCGGCGACUCCGGCGUCGGGAAAUCCAACCUCCUCUCCCGGUUCACCCGCAACGAGUUCAACCUCGAGUCCAAGUCCACCAUCGGCGUGGAGUUCGCCACCCGGAGCAUACGCGUCGAGGAUAAGGUCGUCAGGGCGCAGAUUUGGGACACAGCCGGCCAAGAAAGGUACCGAGCAAUCACUAGUGCAUACUACCGUGGAGCAGUCGGCGCACUUCUUGUCUAUGAUGUUACUCGGCAUACAACGUUUGAGGCUGUGGAGAGAUGGUUGAAGGAACUAAGGGAUCACACUGACUCUAACAUUGUAAUUAUGCUUGUUGGCAACAAAGCAGACUUACGCCAUCUGAGGGCUGUUACUGUUGAUGACGCAAAGGCUUUUGCCGAAAGGGAAAAUACCUUCUUUAUGGAGACAUCUGCUUUGGAAUCGAUGAACGUAGAUAAUGCCUUCACCGAAGUGCUCACUCAGAUCUAUCGUGUGACGAGAAGGAAGGCACUUGAUGCUGGUGAUGACCCAGAGACGUUGCCUAAGGGUCAAACGAUCGACAUUGGCACCAAUGACGAUGUAUCUGCUGUUAAGAAAGCCGGUUGCUGCUCAGCUUAGCUCACUCGGGGGGAACAGCUACAUAAAUGUUAGGAGGUUUGGCAGGUUUGUACACUUUGAUAUUUGGUUUUUGGAUCUGCUGGUACGACACAGUUGGCAACAACAGUGAUCGUUUUCUACACCAAAAAAGCAUUUGAUUCGUUUUGUACUGUUGUAUCGUGGUUACCUUCAUCCGAGUAUAUAAUUCGGUAAUGAUUGUGUUUUAGUAAAUAUUGUAACAAGUAACUUUGUUGAUUCUUCUGA